AUGGCAUCCCCAUUGGAGCUGGGAAACGAUCGAAAAUUCCUUGACAGUGAGGGCAGAAAUAAAGAAGAAGAAGACAAAGAAAACUUCUCCUAUGCCAUGCAGCUUGUGUUUUCCACCGUGCUGUCCAUGUCUUUGCAAACUGCAAUUGAGCUCGGAGUUUUCGACAUCAUAGCGAAAGCCGGUGAAGGCGCUAAGCUUUCGCCGGCGGAGAUUACGGCGCAGAUGACCACCGACAACCCUGAGGCACCCAUCAUGCUUGACCGCAUACUUAGGGUGCUGGCAAGCCACUCCAUAUUGAGAUGUUCGGUGGUUGGUGAUGUUAACAGUGAGUCGGAUUUUCAAAGGUUGUACAGUCUUGGUCCUGUGGCCAAGUAUUUUGCGACUAAUGAAGAUGGUGUUUCUUUGGGACCCUUGAUGGCGUUGAUACAAGACAAGAUCUUCUUGGAUAGCUGGCCCCAACUAAAAGAGGCAGUUCUUAAGGGAGGAAUUGCAUUUAACAGAGUCUAUGGAACACACGCCUUCGAGUAUCCAGGCUUGGACCCAAGAUUUAAUCAUGUUUUCAACAAAGCAAUGUACAAUCAAACUACUAUUGUUAUUAAGAACAUCCUCAAAUUUUACAAAGGUUUUAAGGACCUUGCAAAAUUGGUAGAUGUUGGUGGCGGUCUAGGAGUGACCCUUAACCUAAUCACUUCCAAAUACCCACAUAUUAAGGGUAUUAACUUUGACUUGCCACAUGUUAUAGAACACGCGCCUUCUUAUCCAGGUGUUGAACACGUGGGUGGAGAUAUGUUUGAAAAGGUUCCUACCGGGGAUGCAAUUUUUAUGAAGUGGAUUCUGCAUGAUUGGAGUGAUGAACACUGCUUAAAGCUAUUGAAAAACUGUUACAAAGCCACUCCAGAAAAUGGAAAGGUCAUAGUUGUGGAAUCAGUCCUUCCAGUCGAGGCAGAAACUAAUACCGCUGUGAAAAGCACCUCCCAACUUGAUGUGUUAAUGAUGACUCAAAAUCCAGGAGGAAAGGAAAGGAGCACGCAACAAUUCCUGGCCUUGGCAACUGAUGCAGGAUUUAGGGGCAUUAAAUUUGAAUAUUUUAUUUGUAACUUUUGGGUUAUGGAGUUCUUUAAGUAGAUGGCUUUCUUUCCAUAUGUUGGGAGUCUCUACUCUCCUAUUGAUCCGUGUGCUUAUGUUGGUUUUUUUUUUUAAG